AUGACUUUGUCCAGCCUGUGCUAUCCAGAAUGCGGGGUGGCCCGGCCCUGGCCGGUCACUGGUGCCGCCAACCAGCCAUGCGUUAGGCAGUGUCCUGACUCCGAAGUGGUGAUCAGACCCUCACCGGUUGUCGUGACCCUUCCAGGACCAAUUCUCAGCAAUUUCCCUCAACACAGUGCAGUGGGAGCUGUAGGAGCACCUGUGGUCGGACCCGGUUACGGAGGCUCAUUCGGUUGGGGGGGCUAUGGAGGCCUUUACGGAGGAUCGUACGGUUUAGGCGGAUAUGGUGGUUACGGAGGAUUGUACGGUUCAGGCGGAUAUGGUGGUUACGGCAGCCGUUAUGGUUAUGGGGGAUUAGGCUGUUAUGGGGGACUAGGUGGUUACCUGGGUGGUUACGGUUACGGGGGACUAGGUGGUUCUGGGGUAUCUUGCCAUAGGUACCUCAGUGGAAGCUGUGGGCCAUGCUAAUGCCAGCAGCAACAUCCGUGGAAGAAGGAAGGAAUUGAACAGCAAGAUACAGAUUCACUCCUGAUCUUUUGGGCACGGCUUUCAGAAGUGCUGGGCAAACAGGGCUCCAUUUGAACUCCGUGGAGCUGUGUGUGCUCAGCACCUUGGGCUGACAGCCGUGCUGCAUUUCUAAUCUUACGCUUUAUGACUCUUUCUGCCAA